CUGGCGACAGAAAUUUCUCGUCUCCACUAGACAAGAGCUAAUAUAUAUCUCAACUUCCGCUCUUGCCAUCAUGCCAUUGAACUUUCUUUAAAAAAUGAUUGGCAAAAAUAACCCGGGUAUACAGACUCUCACUAUGGUUGAAGCUGAAAGGCUAGACGUACCUCAAAAGCUUCCAACGAUACCAGCUAACAGUUCCGACAACAUCUGGCGAAUCACGAAGGAAACGCUUGUUGAUUGUAUGGAUGGUCGGUUCGGUCAAUACUUUGAUGAUAUGAUCAUUAUUGAUUGUCGCUUCAGGUACGAAUAUAAUGGAGGCCACAUCGACGGCGCUAUCAGUCUGGCACCAAGGUCCGGGAGCCUCGUAGAUACAAAUCUGCUGGAUGAUUUGAUUCCCGCCAAGUCGCAUCAGAUGCGCACAGUUAUUUGUUUCUAUUGUGAGCAUUCGAAGUAUCGUGCACCCAUAGUAGCAGCGUGUGUACGGUCUAAGGAUAGGCUAUAUAAUAUUGAGCGGUAUCCAAGUCUUACAUACCAACAUAUCUAUAUCCUAGAUGGAGGCUAUAGUAGCUUUUUCCAAUCCCAUCCAGAUCGCUGCGUUCCACAAGAAUACGUUCGGAUGACCGACAGUGCGCAUCGGAAACUUGGUGGAGAUGAAAUACACCUUCUAAGACAAGUCACAAAAUCACCGAAGAGACGGCGUUCAGGCUUAUAUGCGACCUCAAACUCUCCUCAGAAGCUAGAGAGAGAAAUAAUCGAAACUUCACCCAUUCCUUUCGAGGAUGUUCGCCUUGAGAAUCGUACGGGAGAAGCAUGCGAUGCGGAAAAGACUAAGGGCCAAAUGAUUGCUGAGUGAAUAUGCACUGUGGUCAUCAAAUAGCUUCUUUUGUACCUCAAAUCCUAUUGUUGCACCAGUGCUAGAGUGCAUGCGGAGCUGUAAGCCGACGUGAAACAUCAGGGUCCAUAACAACACCCCUCCAGAAUUGUUCUAGUCUCUCGUUUUGCUACCUUCUACAAUCUGGAUCUUUUCUAUUCAUCUAUGCACUUGCCGCUUGGGCGUCCCAUGUUAGACAACUGAGCAUUGCAAGCUAUCAAAAGCCUAGACACCAGCUAGAUGCGCCCCA